CUCAACCUCCUGAGUAGCUGGAAUUACAGGCGGCCAUCACCACACCCAGCUAAUUAAAAUUUCCUUUUCAUUUACCAUAAUGUAAUCUUGAAACUACAUAUGAGAAUUCUGUAUGGAUUUUUUCCCUUUGUGAAUGUUUCUUUGUAAUGCAAUUUAAGUAAAAGAAAAUAGCAAUCUUUUUUUUUCUGUAUACCCUGAAAUGCACAGAAAUAAUAAAUAAUAUACCUUGAUUUGUUUGUCUUGUAAUUUUCUAUACACUAUUUUAAAAACAUUGUUUUAUUUCAUCCUACAUUUGAACUUUUACACUGUGAUUUUGUACAAUAUACAUGAGAUCAGACAUUCUAACUUUUGUAGUGAUGAAACAUUUUGUUCUGCUUUUUUGGAGACAGGACAGAAAAAAAAUGCUUAUGAUUAACAUUUUUUUCCGGCCUUUAUAUUUUUAUGACUGGGUUUUUUUUUUCCCCCAUAAAAUUUUUCAGUUGAACCUUAUUUCUUGUUCAUAUCUAAAACUCUUUAUUUCUCAAGGAUGCGUAAUACUUUGCAUCACUAGCAAGAAACCAAUUAAUACUUACAAUAAUGUUCCUUUAUUUAGGGGCCUAACUACCUUAAAUCCCUUCUAGAAUCUUACAUUUGAAUAAAAUCUGCAAUUUCUAAGAUUUGAAUCCAGAAUUUUUUGCUAAGCAGCCUGCCUUAUCAAUUGGUAAAUAAUAGAAUAUAAUCCAGUGAGUUUGACUACCAAAUAAAAUGGCAUGAAACAAGAUGAUCACCCAUACCUAUUACUGGGGCUGUUGGAGAGGCAUACUUGUGAUAUAAAUGCUAUUUUUUGUUUGCCGCCCUUCCACUCAGCUUAAUGUGUUCAGAUUGACUGUGAAUCCAGUGGAAAGAUUAGAGAACUAGGCUGAAGCUGUAGACAGGCUAACAAGAGUUUAAAAUAUCCUGAGUAAAAAUUCCAGUGUAAUGACGUUUAAAUAAGUUCCAAAUAUUUCAGAUGUUAUUGUCUCCUUUGCCACUUUCCUAAUUCAAGGUACUGUCAUCUCUUGCCUAAAUUUAAGUAGCUUCCUCACCGGUACUCCCAAGACUGCAAUUGCUGCCUCCCAGUAUUAACACAACCAGUGGCCCUUUGAAAAAGGAAAUCUCAUUGUGUCACUCUUGCUAAAAACCUGUGAAGAGUUCUCAUUGUUUUCAAAGUGGCAUUAUAUACUAGGCUUUAUGUAAUCUGGCCCUUAUGUCCCCCAGAGCCUUCAAAUUCCCUUCAGCCACUGAAUCAUUUCUCAUUUAUUCUCAUGCACUGAAACACCAUUCCGCUUUGGGUUGGUUUAGUAAUCUCCCACUGAUCCUUCAGAUCUCAGCUCAAGGUCACUUCCUUAUGUAUCCACUCAUUAUAACAGGACUGUCGUGGGCUCUCAUAAUAUCAUCUUUCGUAGCAAUUACUGCUGUAAAUUUCCAUUUUAUUUAUGUAGUUAUUUGGUUAUAGUCUCACCACGUGACUCUAAGCUCCAGGUACCUCUAGCAUUGGAGCUUAAUGUCUCUGUAAUUUUUUAAUAAGUGACUGGAUUGGCUUAUUGUUAAUUUAUUCAUAUGUUUCUAGUUUAGUCUAUCCCAGAGCUGUGUCUGGAGAUUAGGGACAUAACUCUUAUUGUAAUUUAUCAUUACAUGAGGGUAAAGAUGGUUCCAGCAGAAUCUACCACGUGGUUACUCUGUGAUUAGACAGAUGGCUUAACUGCUAGUUCUCGUUUUUAUCAUUUAUAGAGAAAACUUGAAAUACAUGAUCUAUAUGCUUACCUCUUACUUGAAUGUUCAAUUGAGUUUAAGGGUUUCCCUCCAUUUGUUAGGAUAAGUAUGGUUGGGCUAUAAACAUAACAAUCUCAAAAUCUUAGUGGCUUCGCAACAAAGUUCUAUUUUUACCAUUGCGCUAUCCACCGGGUUGAUUGGGGGGUUCUGUUCUAUGUGGCCUCACUCCACGAUGCAGACUGGCAGAGCAGCCUUUAUCCUAAACAUUGUGUACACUGCAGUGGGGGAAAGAGAAGAACUCAUGUAUUUCUUUGCAUCUGCUGCUAAGAUGCGUUGGCCAGAAGUUAAAAACCACUUUUGCUCACAGCUCAUUGGCCAGAACAAGAAACAUAGCUGCAUGUCAUCAUAAAGGAGCCAGAAGGUACAAUCUUGUCAUAUGACCAAAAGGCAGAAACAACAUUGUUAAUAAGUAGGCCAAGGUUUGGCUUACCCUUGUCACAGAGAAAAUACACUCCUCUUCCCCAGUGAAGCCAGCUCAGAAGUCCCAGGAACAUCAUCUUCAACGAGCUAUUUCAGCACAGCAGGUGUAUGGCGAGAAGAGGGAUAAUAUGGUUAUACCAGUCCCAGAGGCAGAAAGUAAUAUUGCUUACUAUGAGUCUAUAUAUCCUGGGGAAUUUAAGAUGCCAAAGCAGCUCAUUCACAUACAGCCUUUUAGUUUGGAUGCUGAACAGCCUGAUUAUGAUUUGGAUUCCGAAGAUGAAGUAUUCGUGAAUAAACUGAAAAAGAAAAUGGACAUCUGCCCAUUGCAAUUUGAGGAGAUGAUUGACCGCCUAGAAAAAGGCAGUGGUCAGCAGCCAGUCAGUCUGCAGGAAGCCAAACUACUGCUAAAAGAAGAUGAUGAACUAAUUAGAGAAGUUUAUGAAUAUUGGAUUAAAAAGAGAAAAAACUGUCGAGGGCCAUCUCUUAUUCCAUCAGUAAAACAAGAGAAGAGAGAUGGUUCCAGCACAAAUGAUCCUUAUGUGGCUUUUAGAAGGCGUACUGAAAAAAUGCAGACUCGAAAAAAUCGAAAAAAUGAUGAAGCCUCUUACGAAAAAAUGCUGAAGCUGCGUCGAGAUCUAAGUCGAGCUGUUACUAUUCUAGAGAUGAUAAAAAGAAGAGAAAAGAGUAAAAGAGAGCUAUUGCACUUAACACUGGAAAUUAUGGAAAAGAGGUAUAAUUUGGGUGACUACAAUGGAGAGAUCAUGUCUGAGGUUAUGGCACAGAGACAGCCAAUGAAACCUACUUAUGCCGUGCCCAUUAUCCCUAUUACUAAUAGCAGUCAAUUUAAACACCAGGAAGCAAUGGAUGUGAAGGAGUUCAAAGUUAAUAAGCAAGAUAAAGCCGAUCUUAUCCGACCGAAACGGAAAUAUGAAAAGAAGCCCAAAGUCUUACCAUCGUCUGCCGCUGCUACUCCCCAACAGACGAGUCCUGCUGCACUGCCGGUCUUCAAUGCUAAAGAUCUGAAUCAGUAUGACUUUCCCAGCUCAGACGAAGAACCUCUCUCCCAGGUUUUGUCUGGCUCUUCGGAAGCUGAGGAAGACAAUGAUCCUGAUGGACCUUUUGCUUUCCGUAGGAAAGCAGGCUGUCAGUACUAUGCUCCUCACUUAGACCAAACUGGCAAUUGGCCUUGGACUAGUCCUAACGAUGGAGGAUUAGGGGAUGUGCGAUACAGAUACUGCUUAACUACUCUCACCGUACCCCAAAGGUGUAUUGGAUUUGCACGAAGACGGGUUGGGCGCGGUGGAAGGGUCUUACUGGACAGAGCUCAUUCAGACUAUGACAAUGUGUUUCACCAUCUGGAUUUGGAAAUGCUUUCCUCACCACAACGUUCUCCAGUCAAUCAGUUUGCCAAUACCUCAGAAACAAAUACCUCGGACAAAUCUUUCUCUAAAGACCUCAGUCAGAUACUAGUCAAUAUCAAAUCAUGUAGAUGGCGGCAUUUUAGGCCUCGGACACCAUCCCUACAUGACAGUGACAAUGAUGAACUCUCCUAUAGAAAAUUAUAUAGGAGUAUAAACCGAACAGGAACAGCACAACCUGGGACCCAGACAUGCAGUACCUCUACGCAAAGUAAAAGUAGCAGUGGUUCAGCACACUUUGCAUUUACAGCCGAACAAUACCAGCAACAUCAACAGCAACUGGCACUCAUGCAGAAACAGCAGCUUGCACAAAUUCAGCAACAGCAAGCAAAUACUAAUUCUUCCACCAACACAUCACAGAACCUUGCAUCUAACCAGCAGAAAAGUGGCUUUCGCCUGAAUAUACAGGGUUUAGAAAGAACACUACAGGGUUUUGUUUCUAAGACUUUGGAUUCUGCUAGUGCUCAGUUUGCUGCUUCUGCUUUGGUGACAUCAGAACAACUGAUGGGAUUCAAGAUGAAGGAUGAUGUGGUGCUUGGAAUCGGGGUGAAUGGCGUCCUUCCAGCCUCAGGAGUAUACAAGGGCUUACACCUCAGUAGUACUACACCAACAGCACUUGUACAUACAAGUCCAUCAACGGCAGGUUCAGCUUUGUUACAGCCCUCAAAUAUUACACAGACUUCAAGUUCCCACAGUGCACUGAGUCAUCAAGUAACUGCUGCCAAUUCUGCAACAACUCAGGUUCUGAUUGGGAACAACAUUCGAUUAACUGUACCUUCAUCAGUUGCCACUGUAAACUCUAUUGCCCCAAUAAAUGCACGACAUAUACCUAGGACUUUAAGUGCUGUUCCAUCAUCUGCCUUAAAGCUGGCUGCCGCAGCAAACUGUCAAGUUUCCAAGGUCCCAUCUUCAUCCUCUGUAGAUUCAGUUCCAAGGGAAAAUCAUGAAUCAGAAAAGCCAGCACUGAACAACAUAGCAGACAACACAGUAGCGAUGGAGGUGACGUAGCUUCCUCCAGAAUGGAACUGCAGCCUGGGGACUUGAUUAGGUGCUAUGCAUCAGUAGCAUUUUGAAUGCAAGGGAUGAUGGAAUGCAGCACAUGCAUUUCUGUGGCAGCUGUGGGGACUUGACAGCAAUGCUCAUCUCUCAUGCUUCAAUUUUUCUUUUCUUACUGUUAAUAGGAAAAAAAUCAACAUCUGUAAAUUAAGAAUACAGCAAUUAUCUGUACAGUACUGCAUAUUUGUAAUACCCUUGUAUAUAUGUUACUUGAAUACAGAAAUGUUCAUUUGUGAUGCUUUGCACUUGGGGGUGGGGGGUGGGAGGGAAAUAAAUUGCAACAAAGAGUGUGAGAUGUGAGAUUGUAUAGAGAUGAAGUGUCAUCACAUCAUGUGCAUGGUGCGGAACCUGCUGUUUUAUCUAUUUAUUGUGCCGUGUUUACAGUUUUUUGUACACUGUACCUUCAUUGGUUCCUGUGCUGUAGUAAAUGUGUUAGGUAGCUGUGGACUCCUUGGUAUUUUGUAAAUGGUAUAACAUAACUUGGUUCCCCUCUGGGUCCUUGAGUUUUCUGUGUAUCAUGUGAAAAAAAAUGGUGACAUACAUACAGAAUUUUACAAAAAACAA